ACCUCGUUGCCCAAAAUGACACGAACAGAAGGGAUUCUGCAUGGACAGCAAACUCUGCAGCGCUUUGCAAUGAAGGACCAGAAUUUCAAAGAUGAGGUGAUGAAGAUUCUUGAAGAAGCUCCAGAUGCCAGAAAAGCUUUGCUGGAAAACUACAACAACCUGCUGAAUGUGGCCGACUACUGCCACAACAACUACUUACAGUCAGGUGAUGGCAGUAUGAAGGCGUUGGAGGAAACUAAAAACUUUACCACCCAAUCACUGGCCAGCGUCGCCUACCAGAUUAGCGCUCUGGCCAAUAGUGUGUUGAGUCUGCUCGACGCUCAGACCAAUCAGCUUCGUCACAUCGAGUCUUCCAUCAACCUCAUUGGUCAGACGGUGGAGAUGCAUAAAGAGAAAGUUUCACGGAGGGAGGUCGGCACCUUCACAGCGGUGAGACGAGUCCCACGCACCCACAAGGUCCUCCCUCCUCAACCUCCUGCAGGUACACAGCCCCACCCACCGUACAGCCGCCGACCAAUCAACUACCAGCAGCUGGACAGCCUGGGCCAUGGCAUGAAGGUCCAACAAACCUCCAGAGCCAGUCCAGUGCCCGGUGGCGCCUUCUGUUGGCGGACCUACCCACCUAUAUGCAUUUGGCGUAGCAGUUCCAGUUUUGGGAAACUUGUAGCUCCACCCACCAUCCCCACCACCUGGCAGGUUCCACCUGGGGGUGGCAUCAUCACCACACUGAUGGACAACACCCCACCUCCUCCUCCUCUGGCAGAGAAUGAGAUGCCACCUCAGGAGGAUGAGGUCAUAAACUCCUCUGGCCCACCCCCUCCACCUCCUCUUCCUGAUUUGUCACGAGAGAUAUUGGCACCACCCCCUCCUCCCCCUCCUUCAGAGGCUUUGACCAACCACAGCUCUCUGUCUUCUGCUCCCCCUCUGGCCCCGCCCAUCGGUCUUGAGACAGUGACCCUCCUCUCUCGGAGGAGUCGCCGUCACCGCUCACCCCCCACCACUCGCUCUCUCUCUCUGAGAGUUCGCUCUGACCCUGCCUCCCGCUGCCGCUAUACGCGCUCUCUCUUCCUGCCUGCUGUCCGAUCACCUUUACACCCCCGCUCCUCCUCCUCACCUCGAUUCUGCUUACCUGCUCGCCUUGAACACCUGGAUCUGGAGAUCCCAGCUCCACCCCCUCCUGUCUUAUUGGACAAUGAACUUGGUUUUGUUGACAUCAUGCCGCCCCUCCCUCCACCAGUGGACUAUGACACCAGUCCCCCCCCACACUACCUGGAGAAAGUGGUGGCGCUGUACCCCUACGAGGCCACAAAACCUGAUGACCUGCCCCUUGCAGAGGGUGAUGUCAUCUACUUGAUCCAUCGCCAUGGCGGCGGCUGGUGUGAGGGUGUCCUCAAUGGUAACCAAGGCUUCUUCCCAGAAAACUAUGUCCAGUCGUGUGACUAGAAUCAAGCCCCAUCUAUCUGUUGCCAUGGAGACGUUGCCAUCUGUGUUAUCCUCUACUGUCCCCAGAGGUGAAACACAGGAAGUACAAGAGCAAGCAGUUUAACAAUGUGUCAUGUCCAUCAAAGCAGUAUUUAUUACUUCAAGCAAACUCAGCACAUUAAUUAGUAGGUUUAGCAUUAACACCCCCAAUGAAGUCGGUGAUACCAUUAAAUAAAAAUAAAUUAAUUAAAAGAAAUUCAAUAAAACUAAUCAAAGAAUUAAAUUAAUAAACACAUCCAUAACACUGAUGAAUGCAGUACUUAUGUUAUAAGGGAAUUAAUAAAAACAAAAGGCGGACUGAAUUCCUUCUCUCUGACUGAAAAGAUGAACACAGUAUAUACAGUACAUGCACAGAGUGUGUGCAUUGGCCAAAAAAUAUGUGUGGAGAGGUUAAAAUCUCUCAUUUCUCUCACAUCAAACAUAUUAAAUCACAUCAGUGUCAGUUCUACAGCCAGACAUCAGGAAUCACUACUUCAAUCUGUUGCACAAAGAAGUGGGAACAAUACCAGAAAAUACUAUUGAUGAUUGAAAGUAAAACAGAAAAAGGUGAAACAGAAAAUGAAAAAACAGAAAUGUUAAUUAUUUAAUGAAAAGUGAAGAAAAAGGUGUUAAGAUGGGUUUUUUUAAUGAAAUUGUUUCCAACAUCACACAUGAACAAAGACAUAAGGUUCAGAUACAUCUGUUAAUCUUCUGUUUGUGAGUUGUAAACAUUAUACUUCAGAGUAUAAAUCUGAUUUUAAGAAAUACAUUUAUUAGCCAGUUACUUCUCAAAUAUAACUGAGUUUUGUGUUGUAUUCUUUCUUUUACAAGUAGAAUUUAUUGGUCUAAAUAAUAUGGUUUAAUUUUUAUUUUAAAUAAUUUUCAUCUUCAGUUAUGAUUAGAUUAGAUUCAACUUUACUGUCAUUACCCAUGGACAAGUUCAAGGCAAUGAAAUACAGUUUAGCAUCUAACCAGAAGUGCAGUUCAAAUAAUGUCCUUUGAUUAGCAGAUAAAACUCAGGCGCACAGACCUGAACAUCAGUAGGUUCUACUGUUAGUACCUCUGUACUCAAAUAUGAUCCCGAACGCAGUACUUGUAAUGAAAUAUUUUUCAGUGUGGUGUGGAGCUGUGUGCCUGUCAGACUGAACUGAGGGCAGCGGUGCCUGAACCCUGCAGGUCAGACACAAACUCUAGACUUCAAACUAAUGAUCACUAUGGUCAGUAAUUAUUUAUGAUCAAUUACUUUGUUAAAACAGAUGUGAAAAUGAUACAAAACAGUUUAGUUGUGUUCCUAUAAAACUGUUGUUAGUGAGGGAGUGAAAUGAUCAGUAAACCGGAGAAUUAUUAACAUCUUCA